AUGUUCGCAAAGCAAGCCAAGAUCUUGGUCUUCUGCCUUUCCCUGGGCCUCUCGCUGGCUGUGAAGCUGCAAAUUCCCUUUAGACCAGACGCCCACAUCCAGGAGCUGCAGCUGCAGAGCAGGGAGCUGGCCGAAGUCCACUCAGAUCACUCCACGCAGUGCUUCUCGAUCUACAAGCCCAAAUUGGCCAAAAUUGCGGAUCAGUUCGAAACUAACUUUACGGCUUGCAUCUCGGCCUAUGACAAUUGCACAUCCCAUAUCAGCGAGAAGUAUGCCGAGGAUCGCCAGAUCCUUCUCAGGUCCGCCAACAUCGGCUGCUCGUAUCCCAACUCCAAUUGCCAGGUCUGGACUCUUGAGCAGCAGCCGCUGGACACCGUGGUCUCCCGCCUCGAAUGCGCCUCCACCAACUCGGCCGAGAGCUCCAAGACCUUCUAUGCCAUUUCGGCCAAUGCCACGCAGAUUGCAGUUCAGAUCCAGGAGCAAUAUACGAUCCUAGAGAGCCGGAAGAGUGUUUGCAUCAAUGACGCAAAUCGCUCCUAUGUGGAAGACACCUCCGAUACCUACGAGCUUUUGAACAACUGCCUCAAGAACGGACCAACCACCACAACUUGUAAUCCAUUGACUUACCCUACAACAACCACAGCAACAACAACAACAACAACAAUAACAACCGCAGCACCUUUACUUCGUUAAAAGAAAGUCAAUCAAUAAAUAUAUCAGGCAAUUGAAUUCUCUGUUUUAUAUAAAUAAAUAAUAUAGGAAUGCAAGCU